UAGAUCGAGCAGUGGACACACCAGUCGGCCAGCUCCAGGCUGUCAUGGACCCUGAAGGCCUGGCGCUCCUGCUGCCCCCUGCCACUCUGGCCACCUUGGCAGAAAGCUGGCUCCGAGAGGACUGCCCAGGCCUCAACCACAUGGCCUUGGUCACGGGGGCAGCCCCCUCACAGGCGCUGCUGUGGGCCAAGUCCCCCGGGGUGCUGGCUGGGAGGCCCUUCUUUGAUGCCAUCUUUGCCCAAGUCAACUGCCAGGUCUCCUGGUUCCUCCCCGAGGGAUCAAAGCUGGUGCCUGUGGCCAAGGUGGCCGAGGUCCGGGGCUCCGCCCACUGCCUGCUGCUGGGGGAGCGGGUGGCCCUUAAUAUGCUGGCCCGCUGCAGUGGAGUUGCCAGCGCUGCCGCUGCUGCUGUGGAGACCGCCAGGGGGACCGGCUGGGCCGGGCACGUGGCAGGCACGAGGAAGACGACGCCAGGCUUCCGGCUGGUGGAGAAGUAUGGGCUCCUAGUGGGCGGGGCCGCCUCCCACCGCUACGACUUGGGAGGGCUGGUGAUGGUGAAGGACAACCACGUCAUGGCAGCUGGUGGUGUGGAAAAGGCGGUGAGGGGGGCCCGGCAGGCGGCCGACUUCUCCCUGAAGGUGGAGGUCGAGUGCAGCAGCCUGCAGGAGGCUGUGGAGGCGGCCGAGGCAGGAGCAGACCUCGUCUUGCUGGACAACUUCAGGCCUGAGGAGCUGCACCCCACGGCGGCGGCGCUGAAGGCCCGGUUCCCGAACGUGGGCGUGGAGGCGAGCGGCGGCAUCGUGCUGGACAGCCUCCCUCUGUUCUGUGGGCCCCAUAUCGAUGUCAUCUCUUUGGGGAUGCUGACCCAGGCUGCCCCGGCCCUCGAUUUCUCCCUCAAGCUGUUUGCCGAAGGAGCCACUCCAGUGCCCUACGCCUGCCGCUCCUAAAGCCAAGGAGGCUACACUGGCAGUGGGAUAACACGGUUUCAUACGACUCCCACGAUUGCACUUCUUUAAGUCCAGUGGCCAACAGAACACUCUCGAGUUAGCCUGGGCUAAAGUCCCAGUCUGUCACGUACUGCUUGUGGGACUUCACCUCUGCUCACCUCAGUUUCCUAAUCUGUAAAAUGGGUCUAGCCAACCUUAUGGAUUUCUUUGGAUGAUAAUUAACGCAGAGUAAGUGCUUAGUAAAUGUUAGAAAUUACCAU